AUGGAGCAAGGCGGGUCACGGUGGGCUCCCAUCGGCCGCGCCCGGCGGGGCUGCCCCAUCGUCCUCGGCCCGAUCAAGGCCGGAGCCGCGACACUGACACCCAACCUGGCUAAGUUAGCUACCUCCCUCUGGGAGCAGGGCGAAGUUCUAGAGAAGCAGCAAGCCUACGAGCUCGAGAGGAAGCCGCCGAGCGGCCAGGGUGCGGGUCUCCCGGAACUCGGAGGCCCAGCCGGACAUCCCCGGGCCCAGGGAGGGGAACAAAGGGCCCGAGACGCAGAGGCGACGGCGGACGACCGACCUACCGCGCCGGGGUCCAGCUCCGCGCCCGCCGCCGGACUCGGCGGCCCGGAUCCUCGCGCAGGCCCAGCCUGCCGACGGCGCCCAGCGCCCCCGCCUACCCUUACCGCAGGCUCUUACCCUGGCUCGCCGUACCAAACAGCUCCGGUCCAGCUCCAAGCAGGCCGCGGGCAGAGCCUGGCCCGGCCGCGGCCCUCGAGUUCCCAGGAAACCGCAGGCCGCGCAGGUCGAGCCAGGCAGGCGGCACAGGAAAAGCCGUGUCUCGUCCCUCCCCUUCCUCCUCGGGGACCCGGUGACAAGGAAGCGAGAGGUUCCCCCGAGCGGCGGCAGCCAGCGCGGGUCCCGACCCCAGCACGCGGCUCCUCAGACCCUGCGGUUCAAAGCCAGGUCCGCGCGGAGCUGCCGGCGGCAGCGGGGAGAGGCCGCGUCCAUCGCCAGCCGGGCGGGGGCAGGAGAAGGGUCGGCCGAGCGCCGGGCGGGGAGGCUGGGGAAGGCCGCGCCGGCGGAGGCGGAGCGAACGCCUCCCGGCCGCCCUGCCCGCGGCCACCUGGGGCGCUGCGGAGGCCGGCCCGCCGCACGGGGCGACGACGGGGGCGCCGGGCUCCCUCGGCGGUCGGCUACCGCUGUCCUCAGCCAGGCCUCCCGGCGCCCGAAUCGCCGCGCUGUCAAUCCGCGCGCGCCGCCAGCAGCUGGUUCGCGCACGCUCCGCCCGUCUCGCCCAGCGCGGGCCACUCCGGAGUCCUGCGGAACGGAGGCCACCGUCCCCGAGGCGCUCGGCGCUCAGGUCACCCCCCUCCUCUGGAGUUGUAA